CAGUUUUUCCUCAACCUGCUAGAGGGCGACUCCUUGCGUCAUUACGCAGUCAUCAUGGAGUCGGAACUAACGACAGAGGAACAGUCCGAGCAGAAAAUCAGCAAACGCGAGGAUUGGAAGAAGAAGAAAGAGCUAGAGGAGGCCCGAAAAGCGGGAACAGCACCCGCAGAAGUCGAUGAAGAGGGAAAGGACAUCAACCCCCAUAUCCCACAGUACAUCGCCUCUGCACCAUGGUACUAUUACGGCAGGGAUGGAGAGAAACUCCCCACCCUCAAACAUCAGAGGCCACAGCCUGAGAAACAGCUGUCCUUCAGCGACCCGGACAAAUGGUUCAAACGGGGAGUCAAAACGGGCCCUGUUGCUACAAAGUUCCGGAAGGGAGCCUGUGCAAACUGUGGCUCCAUGACACACAAGAAGAAAGACUGUUUUGAGAGACCGCGUAAGGUCGGAGCAAAGUUCACAGGCGACAAGAUCGCGCCCGACGAACACAUGCAGCCGGACUUGUCCUUCGACUACGACGGGAAGCGCGACCGUUGGAAUGGCUUCAACCCUGAGGAGUACCAAGCUGUGAUUGACGAGUACUCGAAAGUAGAAAUGGCCAAACGACAGCUGAAAGAGCAGAAGAUGACAGAGGACCUGCUAGCUGGGAGGAUCAGCCAAGAUAGGAGAGAUGAAGAUCUUGAGGAAGACAGCAUGAGAAGAGAGGGAGAUAGUGAUGAGGAAGAUGAUGAAGACAAGUAUGCAGACAACAUCGACAUGGCCGGGCAGAAGUUUGACUCCAAGAGAAGAAUCACAGUGAGAAACCUGCGUAUCCGAGAGGAUACAGCGAAGUAUCUGCUGAACCUUGACCCCAACUCGGCGUACUACGACCCCAAAACUCGCUCCAUGAGGGAGAACCCAUACAAGAACAAGCACCUCGAGGAGGUGUCGUAUGCUGGGGACAACUUUGUUCGGCAGACAGGAGACACAGUUAAGAUGGCACAGGAGCAGUUAUUUGCAUGGGAGGCGUCAGGAAAAGGUACAGACGUGCACCUGCAGGCCGACCCCACCAAACUGGAGCUGCUACACAAGGAGUUCAAGGUCAAGAAGGAUGACUUCAAGCAGAACCAGAAGGGCAGCAUCUUAGAGAAGUAUGGAGGUGCAGAACAUCUGGAAGCUCCACCUAAGCAGCUCCUCCUGGCUCAAACUGAGGACUAUGUAGAAUACUCCAGACAUGGGACUGUGCUGAAGGGACAGGAGAAGGCUGUGACCAAGUCCAAGUAUGAAGAGGAUGUGCUGAUCAACAACCACACAGCCAUCUGGGGCUCGUACUGGCGAGACGGCAGGUGGGGCUACAGGUGCUGUCACUCAUUCGUCAAGAUGUCCUACUGUACUGGGGAGGCUGGCAAGCAGGUGGCACAGAUGGAGAUGGCAGACAUGGAGCUGCGGAACUUUGGAGAGGAACAAGAAGAAGAAGAUGAAGAAGAGGCACCAAAAUCACUGCUUGAGCAACACCAGGAAGAGCUGAAGAAAAACAAGAAGAAGAAGAAAAAGGAGCGUCUGGAUGCUGAGGAGAAAGAGAAGAGAGACAAGGAGAAGAAACUGAAGAAGGCCCUGAAGGCAGAAGAGGAGAGAGACAGGUCCUACCAGGAGAUCAUGAAGCUGGACGAGCGAAAGCGACCGUACAACAGCCUGGCAGCCGACUCUCACGAGGUCACGGAGGAGGAGCUAGAAGCCUUCCGUAUCAAACGGGCCAACUACGAUGACCCCAUGAAAAAUAUGCUGGGAAACAACUAAGAAUUUCACCCUGUAGAUGUCACCCUUUGAUCAACCCCAAAACUACAGACAACAUUGACUCUUCCCAAGUAAUAGCUUCAACUGUACACAAUGUCAAAAUAAAAACUGAAAAUCGGAUUUGCCUUGUGUGUCUUGCUGGGUUUAAGCCUUCACACAUGGCAAAAGUUCUAAGGGCCUAGUGACUGUAUGUUUAGGUAUACCCUAAUUUCUGUUACUUACACUGUAUAUAAUAAUGUGGAUUAAGUGGAUAAUAUGUAAACGAGAUAACUUUGUAUGCAAGUUUUUAUUUUACUUCUGUGCUUCAUGACACAAAUGGAUGCAGAGCUUUAGAAGUAUCAUUGUAUAAGACAGCUUCUACUGGACCUUUGCUAAAAGAUGUUAACCUUAAGUGGAUAAAAGUUAGACAUCCAGGUAAUAAGACAUGGGAAAUGAUAGUUACUCAAGCAAAUGGAUAUGAUUUUUGAUAUGAUAUGGCCAUUUCCAAAAUCAUGAUACAGUUGCUUGAGUAUAAUUUGGCGCAGUUGGAUGCUUGGAUCUGAUGUUGGCAUUGUUAUUUUACUCAUCAUGUAAAUUUAAACACUUGCUUAAAGCAGAUGAGUGUUGUAUAAGGAAACAUCAAGUGAAAUCUACAAUUUAUGCUAACUUGCUAAUCAUAGGUAGAGUAGAUGUUAAUGAUAAUGUUCAUAUGUGAUAGUAAAGAAUACAUCACAAUGUCACCAUAUUUGUACAUACAUCUACACCAUAUAUUCAGAAUCUGUAAGACAAUUUGCUUGUAUAUGUAUUUAAAACCUGUUUUUUCUAGUAAACUAGAGUUCCACAAUCUCA